AAUGAGUCAACGCACGAGGUUUGCGCAGCUUCCGCUUCCGGUUGUGACUGUAGGAAAAUGGCGGCGUCCAUAGCGGCCUCGGCGUUGCCAGGCGCUUUCGGGCGGCUGGUGUCUGUAUGUAGCCGCAGCAUCCUGGCACCGUCGGGACCCGGAGCUGCCGCCCUCCGGUCUGCUUCUCAAAGAUUCAAUUCACAGAGCACUUCGUAUCCACAAGGAUACGUUCCUAAGACCUCCCUGAGCUCACCACCCUGGGAAGAAGUGGUUCUGCCAGACCCUGUUGAAGAGACCAGACAUCACACAGAGGUUGUGAGGAAGGUGAAUGAGCUGAUUGCCACAGGCCAGUAUGGCCGGCUCUUUGCUGUAGUGCACUUUGCCAGCCACCAAUGGAAGGUGACCUCGGAGGACCUGAUUCUAAUUGAAAAUGAGUUGGACAUCAAGUGUGGAGAGAGGAUCCGGCUGGAGAAGGUCCUGCUGGUCGGGGCAGACAACUUCACACUUCUGGGCAAGCCACUCCUCGGAAAGGAUCUUGUACGUGUUGAAGCCACAGUCAUUGAAAAGACAGAAUCAUGGCCCAAAAUCAACAUGAAAUUUAGGAAAAGGAAAAACUUCAGAAAGAAAAACAUCAUCGUGAACCCACAGACCGUCCUCCGGAUUAACACCAUUGAGAUUGUGCCUCGUUUGCUGUGACCACAGAUAUCUAAGAAGGAUAAAAAUAAGCUCGGGUCUGCACUCAGGACACUGAGGCAGGGAAUCACAAGUUCCAGGCCAGGUUGGGCUACACAGCAAGACCCAGUUUGAUAAUAAAAACAAAGUAUUUUAUAGGAGACUGAGCCAAUUCAUGCCUGAUUAUUAGUGGACAUCAGCCAUGUCUGAACAUCCAUCACCCUGAGCCAGAUCAACAAGCCUGGAGACAAUGACUGACCAGAUCUCACUCCAACCCUGGCGAAGCUGGCUGCUUGGACAGAUGGGAAUGGUGUUCUUAGCAGAAGGGACACUGAUACCUGGAAGGGGCAGGGCAAGACCAGGAGUGGGUGACCAGAACAGCUGCUGGGAGUGGGCAUGUGACUCAGGUGGCAGAGCACUUCCCUAGCAUGCAGAAAGCCCUGGGUUCCAUCCUUCACUCUCAGGCUGAGGCAGGGGGAUCACAAUUUCAAGGUCAUCCUCAGCUGCAUAGUAAGUCCUGGGCCAGCCUGAGCUACGCAACCCUGUCUCGAAAGGAAGGAAGUUGCUCCAGAGUGGAAAGCUGCAACUGCCUAAGUGAUCUGCGCUGAGUGUCAGCUGCUGUCCUUUUGCUUCCAUGGCUCCAUCAGGCAGAGGUCACAAUACAGGGUGGUCAGUGUUCCAGCAGCCCCAGGAUGGAGGAGGGCACAGUGUCUACUGGAGACAGGGCAGAGGGCAGAGGGCGGGGCAGAAGGGAGCUCUGAUCCUGGGAAGAGUUUGGGACUCCAGGACCGUGACCCUGUGAGUCAGACCCACCUUGGGAAGGACCACCAGGAAGAUCACUCAGGUUCUAAGGACCACAGCCAGAAGCCUGGAGUCAGGGAGAAGCCACAGGCCAUCCAUAGGAACUGCCAGUCUCCCAGUGACAACAACCUCAUUUUCCCCAGCUGCCCUAAGGAAUCACCCUCAGAUUUUCAGUUUUUGAAACACAGAAUCACUAUGUAGCCCAGGCUGACCCUGAACUUGAAGCAAUCCUCUGUCCCAGUCUUCUCAGUGCUGGGAUUACAUGUGUGCACCACCACUCCCAGGGUGGGGCUUUUGGAUUGGGUAGGAGGGAGUUGCCCUGCAGGCUCUGGCCAGGUUCCCUUGCAGCUUCUUCUGUAUGCAGCAGGGGGCAGCGCCUGCCUCCACUGGGAUCACUGGGAUCACUGGGAUCACUGGUGUGCGUGCACAAGAACACAAUAUUGUUGCAGUGCUGGGAUGGAACGCAGAGCUUCAUGUAUACUAGGCAAGCGCUCUACCAACUGAGCUACAUCUCCAGCGCUGUUUGUUGUUUGUUUGUGGUCUUAAAUUUUAUUACUAGUGCAUCUGUGUCCAAGAUUGAAUGGAAGUGUCUGAGUACACAUGACAAGGCCCCAUCUCACCAGCUUGUUUGUCCAUUUUUUAAGACAACCCCUUGCAGACUGGUGGGAUGGCUCAGUAGGUAGUGGCUUGCCACCAAGCCUGCUAACCUGAAUUCAAUCUCUCAGACACUGAUUCUGGCAAAUUGUCCUCUGAGCUCCAAAGUUAAAUGUGAUUUAAAAGUUUUAUUUAUUUAUGUAUACAUGUGAGUUUAUAUGUACCACCUGUGUGAAGGAGAUCAGAGGAGUUACUGGGUCCUUGGACCUGGAGUUAUAGAAGUUGUGAGUUGUCCUGUGUGUGCUGGAAACCAGCCCCUGGUCCUCCACAAGAACAAUAAACACCCCUCUCCCCUA